AUGCGCGUCGCCAGUCUCUCGUUCUUCCUCUACUCCCUGUCCCUCGUCGCUGUGGUCGCCGGUCAGAGCACUCAGCUGACAGACACCAUCACCGACGUCCUCCCUACGCCGACCGAUUCCUCCACGACAGAUUCCGAGCCUACAGAAACAUCCACUACCGAGACUACAGAAACCUCGACAACUAGUGAAAAUGAGUCAACAACAACCUCGACAUCAACCACCACGUCAGAUGAGGAGACUUCCACUACACGGUCAACCACUACCACGUCGGACCCGACAACCACCACGACCACUACCGCCGAGUCAACAAGCACCAGCACCAGCACCAGUUCCGACAACAACGACGACAACGAUGAACCAACAUCUACCCCUUCCGUGACCACUAUUACCACCACCCAGACCAUCGAUGGAACCCCAGUUCCCACUACAUUCACCAGCACCAACAGUGGAUCCAGCGAAGCCACCGAGUCUCCUGGACUAAGUGGAUCUUCUGAUGAUUCUGACUCUGGGCUAUCUUCUAACCAGAAGAACAUUAUCAUUGGUGUCGUUGUUGGUGUUGGUGGUGCCAUCUUGAUCGGUGCCAUUGGAGUUGUUGCAUGGAGAAUCCGCGCCAGAAGACGAAAUGCACAGGACGACGACGUCACUGAUCUUAUGAGCGGUACAGCUGUUGGCUCCGGCGUCCGUGAGAAGGCUCCUAGUCCAGCUGCUGGAGGCACUCCCUUCAGGUCUACUCUUGACCAGUACCACAACCCUGGUCCCGUCAAUGCUGCGUCGAACUUCUAG